AUGCUACCGGAUGAUGAUGAUCGAGCAAGGCUGUCGGCCUCUGCAUCUGAUUCGACGCAUACAUCUGAAGAAACAGCCACAACAAGUCAUGUUGUCGUCUCCGAUCAACCUCAAACGGGCUCGCCCAGACCUUUGGCGAGCUUACCGCUGGCCAUACCCCUCACAACCGUCUUGCCAACAUCUCCUCCCACAAGCUCAGCAGCCAGCACGAGCAAACAGCGAACUUUCUCGAGCUCGUCCACGCGACCUGUCAUGUCACCUCAUCCUCACGUCCCGCUAGGUGCAGUGUCUACGCCCGCAAAGGGUCUCAGGAGCGGAAACCAGUCUCCGAUAUCCAUGCGAAGCGUGGGGAACGAGUCUGCUUCCUCCAUCUUUGAACGCGACGUCGAGUUCUCGGAUAGUCAUCUGCUCACUCAACAAGAAGCUUCUGAUCUUGCCGUGCCGUCUGUACUGUCAGAAGCCGCACUUGUCUUGACAGACGACAGACUCGACGCAGUACAGAUAGAGAGCAUAAUUCGCGAGCCAAGCUCGUCAGACUUGCUCAGCCAGAACCUGGCCUCCACUUCUCUUUCUCCUGCGACAGCUCGGUCCAAAGUGGCAGUGCUGGCGCAAGAAGCUCAUGUGCCUACUUUGCCACCCCCGCUGUGGACUACAAUGCCAGCCAACACCGGUCUAGACAGACGAGCUGUCUCGCCGGAUCUGCCGAGUCCGACAUCAUCGACGGUACUCACUCCCGGCACUUCUCCUUCCUCAGGCGGAGCGACGCGACUGUCGCUCUCCUCGAGUGAUCCCUACAUGGGAUUCAGGGAGCGCAAGCAGAGGUCAUCCGGUGCCCAAGCUAACGCAAUGCCGACGAUGGAAACUUGGGCAGGCGCUGGCCAUCAGGACGGAUUCGUUUCGCCUUUCUCAUCUGCGCCCAAUUCGCCACGAUCCUUCAGGAGUCUCUCGCCAGCUGUGAUAGAUCGCAAGCCCCAGCCGGUUCUCGUGGCCGCCAAUCAUUUGGAAACGCUGGCAGAUCCAGAAGAGAAACCGCGCAGGCUGUCCUUUUUGACCUAUGCGGACAUUAUCAAUUCUGAACGGCUAGACUCUGCAGCCGCCACGCAGAGGCCGCAGAUUGACAACAUCGAAGCCUUGCUCGCAGGAAGCGAGCCAAGGACGUGA